AUGGCUAAAGACGUAAAAAAGAAGGUGGAAAUACCAAAAGAAUUUCCCUACCUAGGCCUGAUAUUGAACCUAAGCAGGGAUAAUAUUCUAAAAGAUCUUCGCAUCAUUUUAGGUCAAAAAUUACCUGAUAGUUGGGAAUUGGAUGAAUUACUGGGUGUGUUUGGUGAGGAAUUGAAUCUACGAGAAAAAUGUGCAUUUGCACCGAUAAGCGGACCUUCGACGACAAACACGCAAGAACAAAAGCUCAGAAAUUUCAAAACGCCCGCAACCCAAGGAUAUCAGUCUACGACGUCAACGCUGGUUUCAAAUGUUUAUCCUACGCAAUACAUUUUUUGCAACAAAAAGCAUUUUUCUGCAAGUUGCGCCACGGUUACGGAUCCGACAACGAGAAAAAAUAUCCUUGGCGAAAAGAAAAGAUGUUUCGUGUGUUUAAGAAGUGGUCAUUUGAGCCGAAAUUGCCAUAGUACGGGGAAAUGUUUUCAUUGCGGAGAAAGUCAUCAUGCGGCUAUUUGUAGUUCGAACUCCGUGCGUAAACAUCAACGAGAAGUCUUCUCGAGCGAAGCAUCAAGGGGUGAUACAGCGCCACGUGUCAACACAACGGAACACGUCAAUUUAAAGUCUCUAGCACUGGAAGCCCAUAUGUUUUUAAAAGGCAUGCAUUGGAUUAGAUGCAUGCAUUUAAAAGACAUACUAGGACCAUUAGUCAAAGAAAUGUGCACAGAUGGACAUACUACCAUUGCAUCUCUAAUGGCAAAACAUGCAUCAUUGAAAGGAAUAUUCCACAGUAAAGAUGUCUGGCACAAAACAAAUAGAGUUACCUCUAAGCUGUUUGAGGUUGCAACGAAGAAGGCCCAUCAAGAGCUUUUGCCAUGGAUUUCAGCAAUAAGGAACCAUUUCUGAUACUGUUGUGGCAAUUGUGACAGCAAUGAAGUGAAACUUCGCCUUCUUUGGACCAGACUCUUACAUCACAU